CCUAACACGUUUUCAAAAAGGCAAUCUAGUUUGAGCAUUUACAAAAUAUGUUCCGGUUAUAAGCCUCAAAUAAAGCUGCAAAGAUAUUUUAAUAUGACUGAAAAGUACAUAACGUUGGAGAUGUUUUUUAUAGUAUUAAUAAUGGCAAUUAGAGGCAUAUGGGCUUUUGAUGAUAGUGUCCUAUUCACGGUGUCCCGAGCGCCACGAUAUUUCGGUAUCCUCCAAGAUCACAGAGGUCAGCCGCUGUCUGUUGAAGUGUCUGAGGAAUAUAUGGACCAAGACUACAUCGCUACCAAUAGGAAGAGGCACAAAAUAGACUGGAAUAAAAAUCCGUUGGAUAUGGAUGACUUCGAUGAUGAUGAGACAGAGGAAAUAUUAGAUGAAAAAGAUAAAGAUGUUAAAUUACCUAAUAAAUUUAAUUUACAAGCUGGACCGGUUUGAGAAGAUGCAUUAUGAUAUCUAUGUAGAUAAGUUUAUUAUAUUAAUAAAUAUUAUUAAUUAAAGGACUAAAAAC